AUGGUGCAGCUCUUCGCAGAGUCGAGCCCGUACGUGAUCCCUGGCAUCGUCGACCUGAGACAGCCUUCUUUCUGGAUCGCUGUCGGUAGCAUCUGCUUCAACCCACUCUACUGGAACAUUGUGGCGCAAAACGAGUACGAGAAUAAGACCAUCACCAAGGUGCUUGGCGGUCGACGAUACCUCGGUUGCUACCUCUUGGCCCUCUCGAUCUUCUCGCUCGGUAUUGUGCGCGAUCAUCUCUACAACCUUGCGCUCAAGGAGCAGCCCACGCAUGCACUGCUCCAACGCGCAUGGGUCAAGCCCCUCGCCGCUCUCCUCUUUGCUGCCGGCAACACUUUUGUCCUCUCCUCCAUGUGGGCUUUGGGCGUCACAGGCACCUAUCUGGGAGACUACUUUGGCAUCUUGAUGGACAGCAUCGUGACUGGCUUCCCCUUCAAUGUGAUGGCCAACCCGAUGUACUGGGGUAGCUCAAUGAGCUUUGUUGCCGUCGCUCUCUGGUUUGGCAAGCCCGCUGGACUGCUGCUGAGCGUGCUCGUCGUGCUUGUCUACUCGAUUGCUCUGCGAUACGAAGAGCCCUUCACCGCCAACAUCUACAGGCAGGCCGAGAAGAAGAACAAGAGGGCCGAAGCUGAAAAGCAGGCGCUUCUCCAGAGCGAGGCUCCUGCUUCGGGCACUCGAAACCUAAGUCGAAGGACGCCCUCCAAGCCCAAGGCCUGA